GAGGGGGAGGCCAACAACAGGGAAAUGCUGAGGGCGCUGGGGGAGGGAGUUCAGAGGUUAAAAGCCAUGGGUCCGGGCUGAAGUUGGAGGCAGCCCGCGGCAGAAAGCUCUUCAUCCGGGCCUCUCAACCAGGCCCACCCGGCCUGCCCCCCACCCCGGAGAGUCGCCAUGUGGCCCCUGGCCGCUGUGACCGCCUUGCUGAGCGUGACCUUGUCAGGCGGCAUCUCUCAGGAGUCUCCCAAGAUUCUGAACAACACCACCAAUGGGACCAAUGGGUUUCUCCCGGGUGGCUAUACCUGCCUCCCCCACUCUCAGCCCUGGCAGGCAGCCCUACUGGUACAAGGGCGACUGCUCUGUGGGGGAAUCCUGGUCCACCCUAAAUGGGUCCUCACCGCCGCACACUGUCUGAAGGAAGGGUACAGAGUUUACCUGGGCAAGCAUGCUCUGGGGCGUGUGGAGGCUGGAGAGCAAGUGAGGGAGGUAGCCCGCUCUAUCCCCCACCCUCAGUACCAGAUCAGCCCCACCCACCUGAACCACGACCACGACAUCAUGCUUCUGGAGCUGAAGUCACCAGUCCAGCUCACGAGCCGCGCCUGCGUCCUGCCCCUCUCCCACACUGACUGCCUCCCCCCUGGCACCUGCUGUCGAGUAUCUGGCUGGGGCACCACCACAAGCCCCCAGGUGAACUACCCUCAGACCUUACAAUGUGCCAAUAUCCAGCUACGCUCAGAUGAGGAGUGUCGUCAAGUCUACCCAGGGAAGAUUACACCCAACAUGCUGUGUGCUGGCUCGAAGGAGGGUGGCAAAGACUCCUGUGAGGGCGACUCUGGGGGCCCCCUGGUCUGUAACGGAACACUCUACGGCGUCAUCUCCUGGGGAGACUUCCCAUGCGGGCAGCCCAACCGGCCUGGCGUCUACACACGAGUCUCUCGAUAUGUUUCAUGGAUCCAAGAAACAAUCCGACAACAGAAAACCCAGCAGCAGAAAUGGACGAAGGGCCCGCAGUAAGAGUACUAACAGGACCUACUGCUCAGGGCUGUUGCGAAGAUUGAGUGAAAGAUCGGCAUUUAAAGACUAUAAACUUCUCAAUCAAUGGAGAAGAAGCACGACGUAGUAAAGAGCAUCGUUUCUGAGGCCAGCCUGCCUGGGUCUGAGUCCCAGCUCAGUCACUUAUUCAAUCAUGUGACUUACCUUUUGGGUGUCUCAGUUUUCCCAUCACUCAAAUGGGUAGAACAAUGGUACUUAACACCAAAUCGCUUAAAGACUAAAGGCCAAACCAUGAAGUUAAUAGAAGAUAACAGCAGAGAAAAUUUUGUGACUUAGGAUGGGGAAGGGUUUUUUAAAACUUCAGAAGGACUAGUCAUAAGGUAAAGCUUGUUUAAUUUGAUUAUAUCAAAGUCCUUAACUUUGAUAUAAUUUUAAUUUCUGCUCAACAAAAGAUGAUGUGGAAAAAGCAAAUCGAUGGCUGGAGAUACUUGCAAUCUGUAAUAUUGACCUGGGGUUGCUAUCUAAAAUGUGCAAGGAAACCCUGCACAUAAAUAAGAAAAAUGUUAAAGGAUAUGAAUGGGGGAUUUGUAGAGGAGGAACCCCCAAAAGGAAUCGUAAAAGAUGCACAGACUCCAUCAGUUAUCUAAGAAAUGCAAAUACAAGUAACAUACCAUUUUA